UGGUAGGUAUGGUAACGAUGGUUUAACCUCAGAUUCACGGAGUAGGCGUAACAAUUAACCGUCACCACUUCAGUGUGUUUUAUCUUGAGUUCACGAAAGUUGGUGAUGGUUGCACUAAAAGACCCUCUAAGGAUCUGGAUGUUCAGUUUUUCCGCCUCAUGAUGGGCAGCUUGGAUAUCUGACUGUUACUGAUAUUCUGCAAAAGAGGAGACUAAUGAAAGUAGCUGGUGAAAGCGCAAUUUCCGAUGCUCCCUGGACGCAUCCAUGCAGGGAAGUUUACAUGUGUGCUGCUGGUGUUUGGCGGUGUGUUGCAAGCGCUGCAGCGCCUCAUGAAGACUAAAAUUCUUAACAACUACAACGCCGCAUACUGUACCAACCUAUUCAACCACUGGGGUGACUGUGUUUUGCUCCAGUCUUUGACGAAGAAGAUGUCACAGUAACACAGCAACAGAAGAGGAUGUCUACAACUUGGAGUGUUUUUGGAUCCUGAGAUAUUGAUGUUAUACUGAACUUCUGACAUUUUGGGGGUUUUGAUGUCAAUAUGGACAGCAUUGAUGACGACUACAUCUGGCAGCGCCGCAUCCACCAUGGGAUUAGGUAUCAGAAAGGAGCAGUUCCCUUCCCAGAGUCGGUUGAAAUUGGUUUGGAGUUCAACGCGGCGUUAGAAAGGAAGGAAAAGUUAGAUCUGAGCCUGCUGACAAACGGUGUGAUGCUGGAGCUUUGUAGCUUUGCCAAAACGGUGACCAAAUCUUGGAAGUAUUUCAUGUUUGAAAUGCUGGAGUUCAACUUUGAUCUCGGCAUGGACAUGGACAAUGACAUGCAGUGCUAUGAUUAUGCAACGCGUAUUCACAAUAAGGUAAAAAUAUUAAAGGAACACAUCAAGUUGAGACCUAAUAGAUGGAAAGAAGCAUUUACACUACCAGAGCUGCAUACUGUGAUGGGGUCCAAAGAGUCAGAGCUGUCAGGACGAUACUACCCUAAAAGGAACAAAAUCUUGGAUAGUUCAGUUCUCACUGAUGGCAGCAAGAAAAGCCAGACUUCAGAAAACCAGAGUAACGGAGCCACAAGGAGUACGUUUCUUAUAAAAAAGCCAGGCGGAGUGAGAAUUAAAGAUAAUGCUUACCCUUUCUGUAAAGAACUUGGUGUAUCUCUGGCUGUUCGACCGAACAACACACCCAAACAGAAACUCCAUCCAAGUCUGAUUACCAACGGAGUGAUGAUAGAACUGCUGGACUUCUCCAAAGUGCUUUGUGGAGGCCAAACUCAGAUGGUUAACGACUUGGUCAAGCAAAACUUUGGUCAUGAGUUGGAUAAAUUACAGUUCCGCCUGCAACUUGCCAAGCUGUUGGAGAGAAAGUACGCCUGCCUAACAGGUGAGAGCAGGGACAGUUUCCGAAAGGAGCCUUUUCAACUCCAGACCAGUGAACGGAGGCGUUACAAAAAGAGAAAAGACCGUGACACAGAUUACGAAGAACUGCAAAGACUAACACUGUCCACUAAGAGAAGGGUAACGCUGAGGCACACAAACAGCGAUGUGAAAGAAAUUUGUCAGGAAAAUGACCUGUCAUACAUGUGUCCAGUUGAUUUUGAGACAGAAAUACAGUCGGGUACACAGGCCAGACCAGAAACAAAGCUGGCAGUGACACUGGAUGUAAAGAAGGAAGAGGAGGAGGUUUUCAUUUCCCCAGUGCAGCGUCGGACUAACGGCCACAACACUCGGUUGUUUAAGCGCUGUCCGACUCAAAAAUCAAUCUCAGAUCUGUUUUCUGAAGACAAAAACCAGGACAUGAAUGUAAAAACAUCAAAACAGAAGGUGUGGCUGAGGCGAGCGACUCGCUCUAAAGAAAUCCUGAAGUCAAGCAGGGUGAACGACAUCUUUGCCAGCUGCAGAGAGAUAGGUUUAGACUUUAAUGUCGGCUCUGGCAAUAAACAGAACAUGGAUCUACAACUGCUCACCAACUGUGUGUUGUGGGAAGUUUAUAGAUUUGCAUCUGCGAUGACAAAGAGUAUGCGCAGUUUCCUGUUUGACAUUUUGAACAAGAACUUCAGCCUUGUCUUCCAAGAUGAACUGCACGAGCGCAAUUUUCUGUAUUACAUCAUGACAAAGGAAAAGAUUCUUCAGAACCACCCUUCGAGGAGGAACAUGGAGUUUCUCACCAGUGCUUUUCAGUUCCCUGAAGUUUACAACAUGGUUGAUGUGACAAGUGAUUUUCAAGCUGAACAGGAAGUUAAGACGGAGCCGCAGACAAAUUGGGAUUCAUCAGCCUUGGAUACAAGCCAGCAGACAGAUGUGGAACCACAUCCGUUCUGUAAAAAGUUAGGUCUUGACCUUUGGUCGAUGGAAGAACGUCCAGCAAGCACCAAGCUGGAUUUGACUGUCCUUUCCAUUGGUGCUGUCCUGGAAAUAUUCAGCCUUAUCAGAGAACUUUGUGGAACAGUGCGCAAAAUGGUGAACGAUGUGCUUGAGCACAAUUUUGAUCUUGAUCUGCAAAGUGGUUCAACUGAGGCCGCACAGGUGAUCCAGAGAUGGUACGCGACGCAGAAAAGCUUAAUGAAAAAGCAAAACACAUCGGCCCGGAUAAAUCAGUGGCUAAACGCAGCUGUCUACAGUGCAGAGCUGCAAACUGACAACAGUCUGGAUACAGGAGCAUUAAAUGUGGGCAGAGAAGCUUUCAAAGGAAACACGCAACAAGUGAAAAGUAUCGACGGCUAUCACAUCUGCAAAGAAAUAGGACUGGACCUCGACGUCAGAUACAAAUCUGAAACAAAAACAAAACUUGAUUUGCAAGUGCUGACGAGGGGAGUCCUCUUCGAGCUGCACCAGUAUGUAGAACAAAACUGCAACCGGUACGUUCCUUCUCUGUACGAGAUCCUGGAGUAUAACUUUGAUCUGAGCUCCCAGAACCAUCGGAAGGUGGAGUUCGCCUGGUCCAUCGCAUCUCAGGUCAUAGCCAUGUCAGGAAAAAACAGCAGAAAGGAAAAUUAUCUGAACAAAGUGUUCGAGCUGCCCUUCGAAGUGUCUGAGUUGUCCCAAAUUAUCUGCAAAGAGGAGCCGGAAGACGGCUUCAACGAACUGGACCCUGAUGAUUAUGACGACAUCAUGUUUGUCCGAGAACUGAAGCCUGUUGACAUAGAAGUAGAACUAGAAUAGAGUCUAUUUUCAGUAAUCAUGUCGGGCUGCAACUAACAGCUAUUUUCAUGGUUGAUCUAUUUGCUGCUGAUUAUCAAAAAUGUCUAAAAAGAAAUAUAAACCUGUAAAAAAAAAAAAUGAGGUGAUGUCUCCAGAUCUCUUGUUUUGUACCACCAACUCUUAAUUAAUGAUUAAUUAUGUGGCCUUUAUAACAUGAGAAAACAGUAAAAACAAAUCUGUAGCUAUUUCCCAGAGC